AUGCAGAACAAUGUCACUGAAUUUGUUUUUUUGGGACUGUUCACGAACAAGGAAAUGAAGAUUUUAAGUUUUAUAUUCUUCUUGCUAUGUUAUUUAGCAAUCCUCUUGGGGAACUUUAUCAUCUUCAUUACCAUUUCCUAUAGUUAUCUGAUUCAACAACCUAUGUAUUAUUUUCUCUGUCACUUGUCUCUUAUGGAUUUGGGCUAUACAUCCACUAUCAUCCCCAGGUUGAUUAGGGACUUAGUUGCCAAAAGUAAAACCAUCUCCUACAAUAGCUGCAUGACUCAGCUUUUCAGUGCUCAUUUACUGGGUGGUGUUGAGAUGUUCAUCUUGGUAUCAAUGGCCUUUGAUCGCUACAUAGCCAUCUGUAAACCAUUACACUACCUGAUAAUUGUGAACCGGAAGAGAUGUAACUUACUUAUUCUGCUUGCCUGGGUUGUGGCCUUUUGGCAUUCCAUUGCUCAGCUACUCUUGAUUCUUAGUUUACCAUUCUGUGGCCCUAAUCAGAUUGAUCACUACAUAUGUGAUGUUAAACCCCUCCUGCAACUGGUUUGCAUGGACACAAGUAUUGUUAAUAUCUUAGUCAUUGCAAAUACUGGGAUGGUAGCAUUGGUUACAUUUUUGGUCUUGUUGUCAUCUUAUAUUGUCAUAUUAUAUAACCUUCGAACAUGCUCAUCAGAGGGUAGGAGAAAAGCUCUUUCUACUUGUGGUUCCCACAUCAUGGUUGUGGUCCUUUUCUUUGUGCCUUGUAUCUCCACGUAUGUCCCUCCACCCAGAACUGGCAAUAAUGACAAGGAAUUUUCUGUGUUUUAUACAGUGAUUGCACCUAUGUUGAAUCCUCUCAUUUACACACUGAGAAAUGCAGAGAUGAAGAAUGCAAUGCAGAAGGUGUGGUCCAGAAAAUCAUCAUUAUUAUUCAACUUAAACAUAUGA